AUGCUACCUCUACAUCACAUCCAUGGGACUGUCAAUGCUAUCCUGGCCCCGGUACUUGCUGGCUCAUCUAUUGAAUUUACAUAUCCCUUCAAUCCUACAGCGGUAUGGAAGAGACUAGCUAAGCCAUUUCUCCCUCAGUCCACGGCCAAUCCACCACCAAAACCUAUAAACUUCCUCACAGCGGUUCCAACUAUCUAUCACCGUCUUCUGAAUACAUUUGAUUUACUCUCUGAUACCACCAAACAGGCCGCCAAGGAUGCCAUUUCGCCGGGAAAUCUACGGCUAAAUAUUUCCGGUUCUGCUGCAUUACCGACGCCUACAAAAGGGGCAUGGACUGACCUUAGUGGAGGGAAUGUCCUUCUUGAACGAUAUGGUAUGACUGAAGUGGGCAUGGCUCUCAGUUGUGGCCUAGAAUUCAAUGAUAGAAUAGAUGGAAGUGUUGGAUGGCCGCUUCCAUCUGUUGAGGUCAGACUAUUCGACCUUGAUAAACAAGCAGUUAUACGCCCUGGGGAAGAGCUUGACCAGGACGGCCGUGAGAGGGUCGGAGAGAUCCAGCUACGAGGUCCAACCAUAUUCAAAGAGUAUUGGCAAAAUAAGCAAGCCACCGAGGAAUCAUUUACUGAAGACCCUGAUGGUAGAGGCAAAUGGUUCAAGACAGGGGAUAUGGCUAUUCGAAAGCCAGUUGAUGGCGCUGGGCAAGGUGAAAGCACCUGGGCCAAAGGCCCAUUAUACUUUAUCCAAGGCCGCCAGAGUGUGGACAUUAUUAAGGUCGGAGGAGAAAAGGUGAGCGCACUAGAAGUUGAGCGUGAAAUUCUCUCCCUGUAA